CAAAGCAGCUAUGAAUAGAAGCGAGCCUAAACUAUGGCCUCUACCUUUCAUUUCCUAUGAGCCCAACCUAGAGGCUUAAGCAAACAAUAUCCUUUUUAGACUUAAGAUAAGCAUUGCCUAAGCCACUUAAGCUUGAGCUUUAAUUAUCAACAUUUUUGUACUUCUUUUAAGGAGUUAUAUCUCUUCCAUCUUUUAUCUUUAAUUCAUCAUUUUCAUAUUACAUUUUUUUAUGGCCUAACUAGACCCCAACAUAUAAAGUAGAAUGGGUUUGAGCUUGAACCCUAGCUUUUAGGCGAACCAGGCCUAACCCAAGGACUUAAGAUAAUCUACUUCUAUCAAACCUAAGCAUAUUUAACCAAAUCCCAGCCAAUAGGUUUAAGUCAUUCAAUUUCCGUCCCUAGAUUAAAUAACUUCUUCUCGAAGUCUAUCUCAUUAAAGAUGUCCAAAUCCAAAAGUAGAUUUAGCAAAGCCACUAGUAUCUCAAGAUUAUAAUUUUACGUCUAAAUGUAAAAAGAUAUUUACAGAGUUGUCAGAACUUUUUAGAAUAUGAGAUUCUCUAGAUUUUCUUGCACCUAAGCGUAUUUACUAAAGAAGGGAAAUGUUCAAAAUAAUGGAUUUUAUUUUUAAGUCUAAUUUUAAGUAACACCAAACCAAGGCUAAACGACAACUUGCGUAUCCUAGUGGAUGUUGUCUUAAAUACAUGCUUGAGAAUCUCUUUUCAUCCCCUAUAUAUUAAACCCCAAGAACUAAUUUUAAGUAUCAAGCAAAAGAGUUUCCUUGUUUAUUCAAACUCUUCAUUUCUCUUAGUGUUAUCUUCGCCAAGAAAUUCAAGAAGAAAAAAUGGGAUUUGGAAAGGCUACAUCGAGCUCAAAGGCCAUGAAAAUCAUUGACACUGAAAAGAAGAUCUCUGUUCUCAUUGUAGAGGAUGAUCCUCUUAUUCAAAAAAUCCAUAAAGUGAUGAUGGCUAAAUUUGGAACUGAAGUCCAGGUUGUGGCAAAUGGUAAAGAAGUCGUUGACCUAUACCGCUCAGGCGCAUCUUUUGAUCUCAUCCUUAUGGAUUUCGAAAUGCCUAUUAUGGAUGGAUUUGAAGCAACCAAGGAGCUCCGCUCAAUGGGUGUUACGAGCAUGAUUGUAGGAGUGACAUCUCGUAGCCAAGACUCAGAGAUACAAGCUUUCAUGAAGUCUGGUCUAAAUGCUUGCUAUGUGAAGCCCCUCAAUGCCGAAAAGGUCACUGCUGUGCUCAAUGAGCUUAAGAACAACUGAAGUCUAAGAAGGUCAUCUAUAUUGAAGAUCUAGUUUUUAAGUUAUCUAACACAAGUAAAUCAUGACAUUAAGUCAUGUGCUUUAUGUUUUAGUCUGUUUUAGUCUCCUUUAUGAGAGACAUGUUGUUAGUGAACCUAUGGAGUUGAUGUAUCCUCCUUUAAGUUUGAUUAUGAAUAAAAUUGGCUUUAUAUUUCCAUAAA